GCCGUCCUGUGGAUCUACAUGAGCUGGCGGGACCCCAAGGCCAAGGCUCAGAUCGACGCCGCCCAGGAGAAGAUGACGGCGCCCAACUCCACCUUCGAAUGCGAGCUACGCUGGUCCCGGCGCGCGCCCCGCGGCGGCGGGCGCCUGCCUGCUUCCCGGGACGCAUCUUGCAUAUGA